AUGUAUAGCCUUCUCGGCUCCGCUCUGUUUGUGUCUCUCGUUGCGGGCCAUGGUCACGUCACCAACAUCGUUAUUAACGGUGUCUCCUUCGAUGGAUGGGACAUAAACAGCUAUCCUUAUACAGAAUCGCCUCCAGUCGUCGUGGCUUGGGGUACCCCAAAUACUGCCAAUGGCUUCAUUGCUCCGGAUGCCUACACGACCUCUGAUAUUAUCUGCCAUCUCAACGCUACUAAUGCUAAAGGUCACGCGGUAGUAGCUGCCGGUGACCGAGUCUUUAUUCAGUGGACUGCCGACUGGCCGGAAUCGCAUCAUGGACCGAUCGUUGAUUAUCUUGCUAGUUGUGGCGCGAGUGGCUGUGAAACUGUGGAUAAAACCACGCUCGAGUUCUUCAAGAUCGACGCCGUCGGACUAAUUGAUGACACGACCGUCCCCGGUACUUGGGCUGAUGAUCAGCUCAUAGCCCAGAACUCGGGAUGGAUGGUCGAGAUUCCUCCCAACAUCGCACCUGGGGAUUAUGUCUUGAGACACGAACUGAUCGCACUCCAUAGCGCAGGCACUGAGGGUGGGGCCCAAAAUUAUCCCCAAUGCUUCAACCUACAAAUCACCGGCUCGGGGUCAGAUCAGCCAGCAGGUAUCUUGGCUACUGAUCUGUACAAUCCAACGGAUCCUGGAAUUCUCGUGAACAUUUACACGUCUCUGUCAACCUAUACUAUCCCAGGACCAACUCUUUACAGUGGUGCUGUCUCAAUCACGCAAACCACCUCGGCAAUCACCGCCUCGGGUACACCUGUGACAGGGACAGGUGUUACGACCGGCGGGACCACUACAACCUCAACCUCAACCUCCAAGGCCACUACCACAACCUUAGUGACUACCACGACGAGCACUACGAGUGCUAUCACGACGAGCACUACCAGUGCUACCACUAGUACUACUUCUGCUGGUGGGGACGGAGCAUCCCAGACUCUCUACGGUCAGUGUGGAGGAACUGGUUGGACAGGAGCAACCGCAUGUGCAUCGUCUGCAGCCUGUUCUUCGAUGAACCCGUGGUAUUAUCAGUGUCUUCCGACUGCUGCUUGA